AUGGGCGACCUAGAUGGAGCACCAACACAAGCCGAGAUCAAUGCUCAGCUGUUAGGUAACCAUGCUGAACUCCAAGCCACACUGGCCACGGUGACUGAGCAGCUGGGUCAGAUAACAGGGAGAAACCGAGCUAAUGCUCCACAGCCAAGGAGGAGAAACCAACCCAUUCCAGAAGAGCAACAAUCCCAAUCCAGUGAGGACAACUCGGACACUGACCGUACCGAACCGGACGAGCCGCGGUACGAACGGGCUGGGCGUGGGAACCGGCGGGAGUAUCGGGUCCAAGGCGAUGGAAGCCCGAUCCGUAGGAGAUUCCGAGAUGAAGAGGUCGCCUGGCAAGGAGGCAAGGAUCUCAAACUUACUCCUCCGACCUUUGCUGGAAAGGUAGAGCCGGACGCUUACAUCGAAUGGGAGAAGCGCAUGGAGUACAUCUUUGAGUACUACCACUAUACCGAGGCCAAAAAGAUCGCCUUAGCCGCAGCACAGCUGACGGACAAUGCCCUAACUUGGUGGGACAGGGAAGUAGCCGAGGUUGGCAGGGUCUAUAGGAUCGAGACUUGGAAUGAGAUGCGAGCUAAACUCCGAGCAAGGUAUAUUUCCUCUUACUAUCAGCGGGACUUACUAAAACGUUUUCUCAAGUUGUCUCAGGGUACUAGGACCGUGGAGGAAUACUUUGAAGAGUUCGAGGCUCUCAUGAACAAGCUCAGGACGCGCGAAACCGAAGAAGUUAUGAUGGCACAGUUCUUGGAAGGUCUUCAAGACCGCAUCGCUCGCAAGGUGGAGAGGCAGACUUACGUCAACUUCAACGAUCUCCUCCACUAUGCCGUCCUGGCCGAGCAGCACAUUAGGAGGAAGAACGCCUCUAGUGCCAGGAACAAGACGCCAUGGGCUCCAUCCGGAUCCAAAGGAGCUGAGAAAAACAAGUCCGUUGAAGUGGACAGCCGGUUCAAGAAGAAUCAAUCCGACCAGUCCAAGCCAUGCUCAUCCGAACCAGGUAAGGGACCAACUCCAGCCCAAAGAACCCGUGAUAUUACCUGUUACAAAUGUCAGGGAAAGGGGCACUACUCAAGGGACUGUCCGAACAAGCGUGUCAUGAUCCUUAAGGCGGAUGGCGAGUAUGAGUCCCAAGACGAGGUCGAUGCAGAGUCGGCUGUAUCAGGAGAUGAGAUAGUGGACUAUGAUGAGACUGGUGAGCUACUGGUGGUCAGACGAGCUCUCAGUGCCCUCUUUGAUCCAGAGACCGUCCAACGAGAGAACAUCUUCCAUACGAGGUGUAGCGUGGAGGGUAUUGUUGACAAGUUAGGGCUAGCAAAGUCGCCACACCCCAGGCCAUACAAGCUUAAAUGGCUCAAUGAUGAGACGGAGCUUAAAAUCUCGGAACAAGUUGUUGUGCCCUUUUGUAUUGGUAAGUACCAGGACCAGGUGAAGUGUGAUGUGUUUCCUAUGCAAGCCGGACAUCUGCUGUUAGGGAGGCCUUGGCAGUUUGACACGGAUACCAUUCACCAUGGAAGGACUAACACCUACAGUUUCACCCACAACAACAAGAAGCACAGCCUGGCUCCUCUCAGCCCCCAAGAGGUCUACGAAAUGCAGAGAGCCAUGGACCAGUCUGGGCUGUUUAGUUUUGAGGCACCAGAUUGCCCAGCUCAGAUGCAAGUGCUAAUGGACAAGUACAAGGACGUGUUUCCUGAGGAGAUACCAGCCGGCUUACCACCCCUCCGAGGCAUUGAGCAUCAGAUAGACUUUGUACCCGUUGCCCCACUUCCAAACCGAGCCGCGUACCGAGUCAAUCCGGAGGAGGCUAAGGAGCUGGAGAGACAGGUCCAAGACCUCAUGGACAAGGGGUACAUUCGAGAGAGUCUCAGUCCAUGUGCAGUUCCCGUCCUCUUGGUGCCUAAGAAGGAUGUGUUCUCCAAGAUUGAUCUUAGGAGUGGCUACCACCAAGUACAGAUGAAGGAGGGUGACGAGUGGAAGACUGCUUUCAAGACCAAGCAAGGCUUGUACGAGUGGCUUGUGAUGCCAUUUGGUCUUACCAACGCCCCUAGCACCUUCAUGAGGCUUAUGACCGAGGUUCUAAGGCCCUACAUUGGUAAAUUUGUGGUUGUUUAUUUUGAUGACAUAUUGAUUUAUAGUCAGUGCUUAUCCGAUCACAUUAGUCAUGUAGAACAGGGUCUGAAGGUCGAUGAGGAGAAGACCAAGGCCAUCCAAGUCUGGCCCACGCCGACCACUAUUGGGCAUGUACAGGCAUUGGAGCUGUUCUUACUCAAGCAGGCCGACCAGUGGCAUUCUUUAGUGAGAAAUUGA